AGCGAGAGGUAUAAGGGAUGCGGCUGACACUGGCCUCCACAGCCUCCUGCCCUCACUAUGAAGCUUAACAACCUCCUGGUCUUCACGGUGCUCCUGGCCCUCAGAAUCCUGUCGUCCUGGGCUGUCGUAGAUGCUGGCAAAGAAAAAGCAAGCAAAAAUGGAGCCUGCCCCUUCAUACACCCAGUAAACUGUCUUGUGUAUGAACCUCCUCAAUGCCACAGUGACUGGCAGUGUCCAAAGAAGCAGAAAUGCUGUCCUGGCCUUUGUGGCAUCAAAUGCUUGGAUCCUGAAGACCCAUCAAAGCCAGUUCAAGUCAAUCCUGGGAAGUGUCCAGUGGUCACUGGCCGGUGUAUGAUGCUCAACCCCCAAGACGAAUGUCGGAAUGACAGCCACUGCGAGAAGAGUCUCAAGUGCUGCAAGGGGAUGUGUGGGAAUUCUUGUGUCAAGCCAGUGUGAG